AUGGCCUUUCCACCGUCCAACGGGCCUUACGCACCGUACGGCUACCCGCCGCCAGCUGGUUACCCGAUGCAGCAACAGCAGCUGCAACAGCCCCCUUCUGGCGGCACGGGCACAGACUUAAUGGGCUUUUUCAGAGCAGUGGAUCAGUCUGGCAGCGGCACCAUCAGUGUGCCGGAACUCAACGCUGCAUUGUCUGCGGCGGGUAUGAAGUUCAGCUACGCAACAACCGAGCGGUUGCUUUCCAUGUAUGACAGAGACUUUGAUGGUGAGGUGAACUUUGGUGAGUUUCAGGAAUUACACGCAUUUAUUCAAGAUAUGCGGAGUGGUUUUCAAUCGAGGGAUACAAACGGUGAUGGACGUCUCAAUGGCAAUGAGGUGCGAGUAGCAUUCAGGUCGAAUGGGUACCAGCUGGAUGAUCCGACUUUCCAGGCACUCAUGCAUCACUUUGACCGCACUAAACAGGGUGGCCUUGCCUUUGAUGAUUAUAUCGAGCUUUCAAUUUUUAUCACCAAAGCAAAUAAUACCUUCAGGACUCGCGCGCAGGGAAAUGGACUUGCGACAUGGGAUUUCAAUACGUUUGUCAAGGCUGGUGUCUCGCUUUUGUGA